ACACCAGUUCAUUCUUCGAUUUUGCUUGAGGUAUAUUGAGCUAUACUGAAGUGGUGCUUUAUGCAUCACUACAUUAAUGAUAAUGGACAGGAAGUUUCGUUAAUGUGACUAUUAAGGGAAUAUUUUCAUUCUAGAGAGCAUUUUAUUCGACAAAUUUUUUAAAUGUGCCCCGAAGCUCAGGAUGAUAUAUGUUUGGUCCAUUUUCCCCAGAGGAUCGUAUAUUAAUUUGUCAACUAGCAUAUAGAUGACCUCAAAGCUAAGAAAUCUAUAUUAUCUAAAAGAAACAAGUCAAAUUUAGGUUUCAUGGGGUCUUUAAGUUUAAGCAUAUGUGCCGGUGUUUGUAUCAGAAAAUAUUUAAGUGUACUCCUCUCCCACCUGUUCUGCAUAGCCCCGAAUGUAAAGAUCUGGAAUCUGACCGUGGAUGCUAACAAUGACUAUGCUAACGUCAGCUGGAAGCACAACUUCUCCGUUGACAGCAGCGAGUUUGUGCUAGAGUUCACACUGGACAGUAAUGGGUCGAUGAAAAGCAUACAAGUAAACCACCAGCCUCCCAUUAAGCUGGCUGGGCUGGUGGCCGGGGCCAAGUAUCGGUUGCGGGUGUAUUCCCAUGAGCACAACUCCAUCAGCAGCGACUAUGUCACGUUCGAGACAGGCAGAGCCUACAAGGAGCAGGAAGACAUUGCUACUCAGGGCUGGUUCAUUGGGCUGAUGUGUGCCGUCGCUCUAUUGGUUCUCAUCCUGCUCAUUGUUUGUUUCAUCAAGAGGAGUCGUGGAGGAAAAUAUGCAGUGAGAGACAAGAAAGACCUCCCCUUAGAUCCUGUUGACCAUAAAGACCAAGAUGGUUCAUUUGAUUAUCAGUCCUGAACUUAGCUCUCACCCUGCAGAGGGGAAUAUGCCUUUUUAAUUUUAAUAAAAAAUAACAACUAACCAUGUAAACCAAACAAAUUUUAAUUAACAACUUACAU